GCGUAAUGCAUGGCCUCUCGAGCACUAUAAAUAUCGGUGUAAGUCGUCUUUGGUCUAGCAACCUCAUCAUCUAUACUUACACAUUUUAGCUCACAAUGGCUAUCACAAAACUAGCAUCUCUCGGCUUUGUUAUGCUAUUAUGCAUUGGGUUAGCCAACGCUGCAAGAGUGGCUAGAUUCUCUAUCUCGAGCGCAACGGGCACCGGAGGAGGUGAGGGUGCCGGCUAUGUAAACGGUCAUGGCUUAGGGUCUGGAAGCGGGGCCAGCUCGGGCGAGAACAGCGUGGUUGAAGGAUCUCAUGCGGUUGCCCAAGGGAAAGGUGGAGGCGGUGGAGGUGCACCAUAUGGCGGAGCUGGAUUUGGCGGUGGGUCUGGGUCAGGCUCAGUGUUUAGUAGCCUCGAUUCUGCAGGAUCCUCUAAAGCUGGUGGUACCGGUGGUGGUGAUGGUGAAGGACAAGCAGGAGGCAACCCUGGAUCUAAAGGUUAUGGGGCAGGUAGUGGCAUGGGCUCAGGUUCAUCCAUGCUGCAUGAGUAUUUUCCCAGUUUUACAAAUGCACGUGCUAGCGCUAAUGGUGGUGGCACCACUGAUACUCAAAAUGGUGGAAGCGGUGCCGGUAACGGUGGUGGUUCUGGAUAUGCUGGGUUAGGGCCACGUCCUUAGAAAAUCUUUAGACAAUCAUACCACUCUACAAUCUAUCAGCAGAUGGCAUCCGUAGAAACCUUUUUUUCCAUGUAUUUGCUUGCAUGAGCUACAAAUAACGAAAUAAAUAAAUGGCCUUGUUGUUCUAGUUAGUAAA